AUGAAUGCGCAGCAGACACAGCUUCCCAGCGUACACUUAGUCGAUAUACCACCACAGGGGGCGCAGCAGAAGCAGCAAGAACUGCCAAUUGUCAACGGGGUCAGUCCACUCACUACACAACUCUAUGCCAAACCAUUCACAGCAUCGCCACAGAUCAUUCCAUACACUGAGGCAAGAAGGGAUGGUUCAGCCUGCUCAGCCACGCCCUUCAGCCCAUUCCUCAUCCACAGCGGCACAGACCCAUCCGCCGACGACACAGGCACCUGGACGUCCAUCUCCGACACUCGCACCUCGUCGUCUUCGUACUGGGAGCCCGAUCCCCAUGGCGACGCGCCAAAUACCGACACCGAGCCCUCCGAGCUGCGCGAGUCGUUCAGCUUCCGCGGCGCGCAGUACGACGUCCAGCGCACCAUCCUCCGUCCAAACCCGCGCUUCGCCCUCCCACCGCGGUCGAGCGCGCCCGGACCUCCCGCGCCUCUCCAGCGCGAUUCUGCGGCAGGGGACGCCACAGACGCGGACGACGCGCCCCGCGAGAUGCCGCCGAGGGACGCGGCGGCGCGCGGGGUGAAGCGGGUCACGGAGUGGCGCAACUUUGAGGAGGACGUCGCGUUCCGCGAGCACGAGUACCUGCUCGAGCAGGCGGGCUGCGGCCGCGUCGAGAUCUGGGUGACCGAGGAGCGCCGGCAGCAGAACGGGCGGGAGGGCGAGGGCCGGCCGCGCGUGUUCUUUCCUCUUCUCAGCCCAAGCACCAGGUGA